CUCUUUUGCAGCAGCGGAGGCCAGCGGGAGUAAAGUAGGAGAGAAAAAGGUUUCCUUCUUCUCUUCUCUCUCUCUUUCUCUGCUGCUUUAAGGGAUUUCAGAGGAAUCGAAACUAGCGUUUCGAUCCUCUGAUCUCAGUGCUUGGUUGGGUUAGAAAUCCGGGAAUUUGUUCCUGGAGAUCUAGAUUUAAAUUAAAGAAAUUGUUCUGGUUUCUAUGCCGAGGUUGUGAUUACUGAUUAGGACACGAAGGAAAAGAGGAUUCAGAUCUAUCUCUUCGCAGAAGUUUCUGUGGUUUUAUCUGGUGUCUUCCGUUUUCAUUUUCUGAAUAAUUGGUUGUCGCAUAUUAAAGGACAUCGACAUAUUCAGAAGACUGCAUCAGGAGGCAGCAUCGCAGUCUUGAAUAUUCUAGAUUACUUCUGCAUAUGGCUUCAAGAAGUUUGAUGGAGAAUUCACAAGUGAGCUCAAAGUUGCAUGAGGAGAAAUUGAUGAAAGAGAUAUCUGAAUUGAGGGAACUAAGGACAGCUAUAAUGGUGGAAAAAUGCUUGAGCAAGAAUGAAGUGAUUACCUGCCCCAAACCAAUGAGACGACAAAUGUGGUUAUGUGUAGAGGAGGUUGACAUGAAAGCAAGUGCAGAGCUCUCAGAUAUCAUCUUCAGCAAGGCAUCACCACCUGUCUACUCUGUUUCCCCUCCUGUCCGUGCAAGCAACCCUCUUAUUCAAGAUGCCCGGUUCCGCGAACAGAGAAUCUCUCCGAGCCCUAUUCGAAUUGAAGGCUUCUGUACAGCUGUUGAUAGGGCCCAAAGGAGGCAAAGCAUCCUGACAGUGGCUUGAAACAAUUUUUCUAUCCACCUACUAAUCCAUGUAUGAGAGACAGCAGGUUUUUGCAAAUCCAAGUUGUGCAGGUUUUAUGAUCAUGUACAGAGUUCAUUUUAAGUUAAAGUGUCCUUUAUUGCACCAUGGAGUUGGUUUCGGUCUUGGGCGUCUUGUACAUAAGGCUGUCUCUGGCUGGUAGGUUCUCCGUAUACAUAAAACAAAGAAAUGCAUCUGGUUGAGAUGCAAAGGCUUGCCAAAUAAAAUUUUUGGAUUUUGGGCUCA